UAUAUACAAGUAUAUAUAACCAUAACUCUCCACUCUCCGUCCCUAUCGCUUUCUCUAUUCUCUUUCUUCUCUCUUUUGUUCUUUCAUUUCUCCCCCCACCCUUUUAAUCUUUCAUUUUUUCGGGGGAGAAUCGUUGUUGUUAUUGUCAUUAAUUUCAUGUUUUUGAUACGUUCGUGGUGAAUGAAGAGAGAUGGAGACUCCUCAAGACGAAGUGGUGGGAGUCUCUAAGGGCAAACGCACUAAACGUCUUAGGCCUCAAUCUCUAAUCCCUUUCACCAUAAAUGCACAUUCAUCAACCGGUGACUCGAACAUUGAUGACACGGUUCACGGAGAAGUCAGUAUCAUCAACAACAACGACAACAAUAACAAUUCUAGUACGCCCCCUGCCACUUCAGAUGAAAACUUCCCUGACAAGGACGGUGUCCCCACCGAGGAAGAAGAAGAAACGGCCAAGUGUUUGAUCCUCUUGUCCCAAGGCGGUCAUCCUUAUCAUCAUCAUCGUCAGACACCAACUAACAAAUUCCUCAAUCUUUUCAACGAUGACAUGGGGUUGUACCAGACCAAAUUCAACAGCAAAAGGUACGUGGAGACGACCGACCUAGGGAAUGGUGCCAAGGCAGGGACAUACGUGUACGAGUGCAAGACAUGUAACAGGACAUUCCCGUCAUUCCAAGCACUAGGUGGGCACAGAGCAAGUCACAAAAAACCUAAGCCAUUGACAAUCGAACCGAAAAAACAACCAUUCUUCUAUUUUUCGGACCAAGACGAUCCCUCACCAACAUCAAGUUACAAGUACAACAACAAAUUGUCACCAACAUUGUCUCCUCUUUCAGCCCAAUUCAACAAUAUCAACAUGGAAAGUCCAAAUUACAACAAAUCACCUUCUCCUAGAAUCCACACAUGUUCAUAUUGUGGUGCAGAAUUUACCUCAGGACAAGCUUUAGGUGGUCACAUGAGAAGACAUAGAGGGGGUGCUAAUAAUAAUAAUACAACUUUGUGUUUAAGCCCUUUAAGUACUCACAUUCAAUCACCUUCCUUUGAAGAUCAAUUUGCUAAUAAUUUGAAGAAACCAAGAAAUGGGCUGUCAUUAGAUCUUAAUCUUCCAGCACCAGCAGAAUAUCAAAAUCAAUCAAGAAAUCUUCAACAUCCACCAAAAUAUCCAACUGCUAUAGAGCAACAACAAGAUCAAGAACAAGCACAGAAGCAACAAGAAGAACAAGAACAAACAGCCCUUGUUUUGUCCACCGCCCCACAACUGAUUGAUUGUCAUUAUUGAGAACCUACGUUGCUUGGCCUCUCCAGAACUACUGCCACACCUGUGUCAGAUCCUCCCAAAAAAAUACUUUUGGAGGAUUCGACAUGUACAUGACAGCAUUUUGAAGAAUCCGAGUACAACUUUUGAAGGAUCCGAGACUAGUGUGACGGCCUUUUUGAAGAAUCCGAGCAACAUAGUUGAAAAUUGUUGUUCUUUCUUCUCUUUCAACCCACAAAUUGAAUUAAUUUAUACGCGAACAAUCACAAUUCUACAUGGACAUUGUCAAAAGGUAAAUGAGAGCCACCACAAUCAAUUCUUUCAUAUCUUAUUGUUAGCAAUUCUAAAUUUAUUCCUCAAUUUCAUACGUUGCUACUUAUAGUUAUAACGUACUAAAAUUUAAUGUAGUUAUAGUGACUAAUAGCUAGCUUUAUUUGCUACACCUUAAACC